GGUUCCUAUUGGCUAGGUCAAGGGGUGGGCGUGCCCUUCUGAAGGUGACGGCGGCGGCUCUCGCGCUGCCUCGGAGGUCCGUUGCUUGAGGCAGCUGAAGGGGUUCUAAGGGCGGCUGCUGGUGCUGCGGAGGCCGGCGCGAGAGCGAAGAUGUUGGGCGGGCGGCAGGUGCCGAAGACGCUUCGGAUGUUAACUUAUGCAAGCAGAGGCUACUCAUCACAACGUGGCUUAAAUGAAGUAGUAAUUGUAAGUGCUGUCCGGACACCCAUUGGCUCUUUCCAAGGAUCCCUUUCAUCACAGCCAGCCACUAAACUUGGUUCCAUUGCAAUUAAAGGCGCAAUUGAAAGAGCAGGUAUCCCUGCACAAGAAGUGAAAGAAGUCUACAUGGGCAAUGUUAUUCAGGCUGGACAAGGACAAGCUCCUGCAAGACAAGCAACCCUUGGUGCAGGUUUACCAGUUUCUACUCCUUGCACGACUGUCAACAAAGUUUGUGCCUCUGGAAUGAAAUCUAUUAUGCUGGCAGCACAGAGUCUGGCAUGUGGGAGCCAGGAUGUGAUGGUAGCUGGUGGAAUGGAGAGCAUGUCUAAUGUACCCUACACAAUGGUCAGAGGAGCAACGCCUUAUGGAGGAGUAAAGCUUGAAGAUUUGAUUGUAAAAGAUGGCUUGACAGAUGUUUACAACAAAAUUCACAUGGGUAAUUGCGCAGAGAAUACUGCAAAGAAGUUUACUAUAUCACGGGAAGAUCAAGAUGCCUAUGCCAUAAAAUCUUACACCAAAAGCAAGGAAGGUUGGGAGUCGGGAGUUUUUGCAAAUGAAAUUGUCCCAGUUACUAUUUCUCAGAAAGGGAAACCAGACACAGAGAUUAAAGAAGACGAGGAGUACAAGCGUGUUGAUUUCAGUAAAGUUCCAAAACUGAAGGCCGUUUUUCAGAAAGAAAAUGGAACAGUAACUGCUGCCAAUGCCAGUACACUGAAUGAUGGAGCAGCUGCAUUAGUAUUGAUGACUUCAGAAGCAGCCAAAAGGCUGAAUGCUAAACCAUUGGCUAAAAUAGUAGGUUUUGCAGAUGCUGCUGUUGAUCCUAUUGACUUUCCAAUUGCACCAGCACAUGCAGUUCCUAAGAUACUUAAUCAGACAGGUCUAAAAAAGGAAGAUAUUAAAAUGUGGGAAAUUAAUGAAGCAUUCAGUGUUGUUGUCCUAGCCAACAUUAAAAUGCUAGAUGUUGAUCCGCAAAAGGUGAACAUUCAUGGAGGAGCAGUCUCUUUGGGACAUCCAAUUGGGAUGUCUGGAGCAAGAAUUGUUGUUCACAUGGCUCAUGCAUUGAAGCAAGGAGAGUAUGGCCUUGCUGGAAUCUGUAAUGGAGGUGGCGGCGCAUCUGCGAUACUAAUCCAGAAACUAUAGACUCUGAUGUCAAGCCUUAAGGCUCAACUGUCAAAUGGCUGUUACAACUAUUUAUGGAAUUGCAGCGCAGACCCCCCCCCAAAGCUCAGUCUAUCAUUGUUUUUAAAAAAACACAACUAAUUUUUUUUUUUACUAUACCUCCAGUGCAAGUGGUUUUUUUUAUACCAUAGGGACUAUAAAAUGUGGGUUAAACUUCAAUCAAAGACAAUAAAGACUAAGUAUAGUGGCUGGC